CGUCUGCUAAGUUUAUCGAGAAGCGACGUUGCUGUUGUCACGUAGCAUUAGUACUAACGGUAACAGAAGUACAUGAAAAUAUUUUACCAGUUCGUAAUGUCUUUUACUUUUUCAUAAAUUCUAAAUUAUUUGGAUUUAUAAUUAUCCAUUCUAAAGUAAUUAUUCGUAGCGUAUCGGAAUUGUAAGUACGAAGUAAUAUAGUAAAGAUACCUGAUUUCGCUGUUAUCUGUAUUUAUUAAUUGUCGAACAGUUUUUUAAUAUGGCGGCCUGGGUGAAGAAGUUGCGAGGUCAAAGCCUAGCUUUUGUAAUUAGAAAAUGGUACUCGACAGAACAGCGAUUCUCCAAAAUAACAACGCACUACUCAGUUAUUCCAAGGGAAACCGAUCAGAGAUGGAAAGGCAUAGAUAUGGAACGAUAUGUUGAUGAAACAGAUGUACUCGUUGUUGGAGGAGGUCCUGCAGGAAUGUCAGCUGCUAUUAGACUAAAACAACUUGCUAAUGAAUAUAGUAAAGAGCUACGUGUAUGCCUUGUUGAAAAAGCUGCUGAAAUUGGUAAGUUUCACCAUUUUAAGUACAAAUUACCUCAUUUUUGCACUUGUGUGUUGCCCCCAGAGGCUCGGUGUGCUCCACUUAACACUCCAGUUAAAGAAGACUUGUUUGGUAUUCUUACAAAGAAACACAGAAUCCCAGUUCCCAUCUUUAAAGGCCUUCCAAUGUACAAUCAUGGUAACUACCUCGUACGUUUAGGCAAUUUAGUUCGCUGGCUUGGCCACCAGGCAGAAGAACUUGGUGUGGAGAUAUACCCUGGAUAUGCAGCUACUGAAGUUUUAUUUCAUGCCGAUGGAAGUGUCAAAGGGAUUGCUACCAAUGAUGUUGGAAUUGCUAAAGAUGGAUCACCCAAGGGAACUUUUGAAAGAGGGAUGGAACUUCAUGCCAGGUGUACAAUUUUUGCCGAAGGUUGUCACGGUCAUUUAGCCAAACAGUUGUAUAGAAGAUUCAACUUGAGGGAGAAGUGUGAACCCCAGACUUUUGGUAUUGGUUUGAAAGAACUGUGGGAAAUAGAUCCAGCUAAGCAUGUCCCUGGACGAGUGGAACAUACAGUUGGAUGGCCUCUCGAAAGAACAGUCUAUGGAGGAUCUUUUCUUUAUCAUUUAAAUGAAGAACAGCCACUGAUAUCAAUAGGUUUUGUACUUGGCUUGGAUUACAAGAACCCUUACCUGAGUCCAUACAGAGAAUUUCAGAGGUUUAAACUUCACCCACACAUACGACCAGUCUUAGAAGGAGGUAAACGAAUUGGUUAUGGAGCUCGAGCACUGAAUGAAGGAGGGAUUCAG